GCAAGCCUGGGACCUUGCUGUGGACAUUUGCCUUUCCCAGUUACCUACAAUUAUCGAGGAAGGCACUGCCUUCAGGCACAGCCCCUUCUUCGCGGAGCAGCUGACAGCGUUCCAGGUGUGGCUGACCAUGGGCGUGGAGAACCGCAACCCCCCAGAGCAGCUGCCCAUCGUCCUGCAGGUGCUGCUGAGCCAGGUACACCGACUGCGAGCCCUGGAUCUGCUGGGGAGGUUCCUGGACCUGGGCCCCUGGGCAGUCAGCCUGGCCCUCUCUGUUGGCAUUUUCCCCUAUGUGCUGAAGCUGCUUCAGAGUUCAGCUCGUGAGCUGAGACCACUCCUUGUCUUCAUCUGGGCCAAAAUCCUGGCAGUGGACAGUUCGUGCCAAGCUGACCUGGUGAAGGACAAUGGACACAAGUAUUUCCUGUCAGUUCUGGCAGAUCCUUACAUGCCAGCUGAACACAGGACCAUGACAGCAUUUAUCCUGGCUGUGAUUGUGAACAACUACAACACUGGGCAGGAAGCUUGUCUUCAGGGGAACCUGAUUGCCAUUUGCCUGGAGCAGCUGAACGACCCCCACCCGCUCCUGAGGCAGUGGGUGGCCAUCUGCCUGGGCAGGAUCUGGCAGAACUUCGACUCAGCCAGGUGGUGUGGAGUGAGGGACAGUGCUCACGAGAAGCUCUACAGCCUCCUCUCAGAUCCAAUCCCAGAGGUUCGCUGUGCUGCAGUCUUUGCUCUGGGGACUUUUGUGGGCAACUCAGCAGAACGGACUGACCACUCCACCACCAUCGACCACAACGUGGCCAUGAUGCUGGCACAGCUCAUCAACGAUGGCAGCCCCAUGGUCCGCAAGGAGCUGGUGGUGGCUCUGAGUCACUUGGUGGUUCAGUAUGAGAGCAAUUUCUGCACUGUGGCCUUGCAGUUCAUAGAAGAGGAGAAGAAUUACCCUCUCCCUUCUCCAGCUGCCACAGAGGGUGGGAGCCUGACACCCGUGCGGGAUGGGCCGUGCACACCACGGCUGCGCUCGGUCAGCUCCUACGGCAACAUCCGAGCGGUGACCACCGCCAGGAACCUCAACAAGUCCCUGCAGAACCUCAGCCUCAAUGAAGAGUCUGGAAGCUCCGUUGCAUUUUCCCCUGGGAACCUGAGCACGAGCAGCAGUGCCAGCAGCACCCUGGGCAGCCCUGAGAACGAGGAGUACAUCCUGUCCUUUGAGACCAUUGACAAGAUGAGAAGAGUCAGCUCCUACUCCUCCCUGAACUCCCUCAUAGGUGUGAGUUUCAACAGUGUUUACACCCAAAUUUGGAGAGUGCUCCUGCACCUGGCUGCCGACCCCUACCCCGACGUCUCCGACUUGGCGAUGAAGGUUCUCAACAGCAUUGCCUACAAGGCCACAGUCAAUGCUCGUCCCCAGCGCAUCCUGGACACCUCCUCGCUGACCCAGUCGGCCCCUGCCAGCCCCACCAACAAGGGCAUGCACAUCCACCAAGUGGGAGGGUCUCCUCCAACCACGAGCACGAGCAGCUCCAGCCUGACCAACGACGUGACCAAACAGCCUGUGAGUCGGGACAUCGCGGGUGUGCGUCCUGCCAACGUGGGCAACGUGGGUGUGCAGUACACCCCCCACUCCCACCAGUUCCCCAGGACAAGGAAGAUGUUUGACAAAGGGCCAGAACAGACAGCUGACGACGCCGACGACACCGUCGGACACAAGAGCUUCAUCUCGGCCACGGUGCAGACAGGAUUCUGUGACUGGAGUGCCAAGUACUUUGCUCAGCCAGUGAUGAAGAUCCCUGAGGAGCAUGACCUGGAGAGUCAGAUCCGCAAGGAGAGGGAGUGGCGGUUCCUGCGCAACGCCCGGGUCAGGAAACAGGCCCAGAAGAUCAUCCAGAAGGGCAUCUCCCGGCUGGACGACCAGAUCUUCCUCAACAGGAACCCAGGUGUCCCCUCUGUGGUGAAAUUCCACCCCUUCACACCCUGCAUCGCCGUGGCUGACAAGGACAGCAUCUGCUUUUGGGACUGGGAGAAGGGGGAGAAGUUGGACUACUUCCACAACGGGAACCCUCGGUACACACGGAUCACAGCCAUGGAGUACCUGAAUGGGCAGGACUGCUCCCUGCUGCUCACUGCCACAGACGAUGGUGCCAUCAGAGUGUGGAAGAACUUUGCAGACCUGGAGAAGAACCCAGAGAUGGUGACUGCCUGGCAAGGACUGUCAGACAUGCUGCCAACUACACGAGGUCUGGCCCGAAGGGUUUCAAUCUAUCUUGACAGAAGUAAGCAGGGAGGAGCAGGGAUGGUGGUUGACUGGGAACAAGAAACUGGGCUCCUGAUGACCUCGGGAGACGUGAGGAUAAUCCGGAUCUGGGACACGGAUCGGGAAAUGAAAGUCCAGGACAUCCCCACUGGAGCUGACAGCUGUGUCACCAGCCUGUCCUGCGACUCCCACCGCUCCCUGAUCGUGGCAGGGUUGGGGGAUGGAUCCAUCCGCGUGUUUGACAGGAGAAUGGCUCUCAGUGAAUGCCGAGUUAUGACCUACAGGGAGCACACAGCCUGGGUGGUCAAGGCUUACUUGCAGAAGCAUCCUGAGGGCAACAUCAUGAGCGUCAGCGUCAACGGCGACGUGCGGUUCUUCGACCCGCGGAUGCCUGAGUCCAUGAAGGUCCUGCAGAUUGUCAAGGGGCUCACAGCCCUUGACAUCCACCCCCAGGCCAACCUCUUUGCCUGUGGCUCCAUGAAUCAGUUCACGGCGAUCUACAACGGGAACGGGGAGCUGAUCAAUAACAUCAAGUACUACGAUGGGUUUAUGGGACAAAGAGUGGGAGCCAUCAGCUGCCUGGCCUUCCAUCCUCACUGGCCUCACCUGGCGGUCGGGAGCAAUGACUACUACAUCUCGGUGUACUCGGUGGAGAAGAGGAUCAGAUAG